CCUCUAUAUCGGAUACACCCCAAAACAUGGCGGCCAACAUAGACCACAUCUUUCAAGACUUCAUUUUGAAGAAAAUCAGAGAAAUUGGAUGCCGCGAAGACGAUAAACCCGACUCUACCGGAGGAGUGAAUCGUGACAGUGAAAGAGAAGAAGCAGAAAAAGGAACAGAAGAGGGAAACAAACACAGACAGAGACACAAAAAGCACAAGAGUGAGAGGAAGAGGAGGAACCACGAGAGGGAGAGCAGCUCAGACUCUGGACCAGAACUGCAGCCGGAAAGGAAACAUCAGUCGGGAAGAACUCCGACGUCAGAUAAAAGGGAGCAAGGUGAAGAUUGUGUGUCCAUGUGCCACGAGCAGCACUCGACGGGGAAGAGGAAGAAGAAGAAGAAAAAGAAGAAGAAGAAGAAGAGAAAGAAAAGUGGAGAUAGCACCUCGGAUUCCAACUCAGAAUUUGUGGCAAGCCAAAGGGAUGCGGGAUAUGAUCAAACGCUGUUACCAAGGAGACAGGAGGAGCUUCCUGAUAUAAUCCCUAAACAGGACAACUACAAUAAAGGGAAAGGAGCUGAGGCGAGACCUGGCGGGAGAAAGAGCUGUUCCCCGCUGCAUUCCCAGUCCCAUCCCUGCUCAGGGAAGACCAGCUCCCACUCCCGGUCCAGAGACCGGUGCCGGAGAUCAAGGACUCGCUCCUCAUCCCCAACACGGGGCCGCAGGACCCGCUCCCGCUCGACUGACAAGAGGGAAGAAUUGGAUGCACCCAUAAAGUGCACUCAAUGUCACUCAAAAUGUCUUCAGCUCCCCCUGCACACCUCCGUUCAGGCGGAAGAGAGUUCCGGGACGGCGGGCCCGAACGCCCCCGUCGCCUCCGGAGGGCCAGCGGCGCCGAAGGGAGAGAACCCGGACAAACAAGCUGCAGAUGGCGGUGGUUCCGGCGGACCCCACCCCAGCCCGAGACCCGAAAAGCCGGCGAAGCCCAGCCGUCUUCAGGGCGACGCCCCGGACAAGCCCCGGUCCUCCUCUAACGCGGAGUCGCCGGACCGGAAGAAGAAGAAACGGUCCACGUCUCCAAAGAGGGACAGAGAACGAAAGUCCUCCAAAAAACGGAAGAAAUCCAAGUCGCCGAGCCGGAGGAGCAGGAGGAGGUCCAGAUCCAGGAGCCCCGCGGGGAAGAAAAGAGCGUGGUCAAGGUCCUCGGACCGCAGGUCCCGGAGGUCACGCUCCAGCAGCCGGAGGAGGGCCGUGUACAGCCAGAGGGACCGCUGGAAACGGGAGCCCAGCCACUCCCCCGUUCUCAUCCUCCGCAAGAACAGAUCUCCCUCACGGAAGGAGAGAAGCGCCAGCCCGCAGCGCAUCAGCGAGCUAGAUAAGUUCCAGUUGUUGGAGAUUGCGAAGGCCAAUGCGGCUGCGAUGUGUGUGAAGGCCGGUAUGCCGGUCCCCGACAGCCUCAGGUCCACCAUGCUCCCCCUGGUUCUGCCCAACAUGGCCAUGAACGCCGCCAUGGCCAGCAUGACUGCUGCCACGGUGACGGCGGCCUUGUCCAGCAUGGGCACCGUUUCCUCACUGCUCCCGUCGUCCUCCAAGCCCACGUCUCUCCUCGGCCAGUCCAACGCCGUUCUGGAGGAGGCCAAGAAGAAAGUGUUGAAGCAGGCGAACAGCAUCAGCAUCAAGGAGUUCACCGAUAAGUGCAAGAUGAUCGUGGCCAGCACCACGGAGCUGCAGGUGGCCGUGCCUCAUGUUUCCGACGACGAAGACGACGACGGCAAACCCUUCGGAGGAGGCGGGCCGGCCGUGCGGGAGCAGAAAGUCAUCAACUUCAACAUCGCUAACACGAGCGUUCGUCCGGGGGGACGCAGCGACGUCAGCAUGGCCAAGGAGUUCCCCGUGUCGUCGGGAUGUCAGCACCGGAAGAAGGAGGGGGAGGGGCAGGCCGCGUACGGCGAGUGGGUUCCCGUCGACAGAACCGCGGACAAAGCUGCUGCUGCCGCGGCUGCUGCAGCCGCCGCCGCCCUCAGCAAGUCCCAGGCGGGUGUUUCCACCGUGAAGCCUGCGGCGCCGCCGGCUGAAACGGCAGCAGGCCCGGCCUCCCCGUGUGCUGAGCCGCCGGCGCCGGUGGCAGAGAGUGACAACGUGUUCCCCGAACCGCCACGCCAGCCAGUAGACAUCACCCAAGCCGUGACGGAGAGGAUCAACGCUCAGAAGCGAUUGGCCGAGAACCCCAACGACAUCACCGCCCUCUGCAUGCUCACCCGGGCUCAAGAGCAGGUUGAUGCGUGGGCUCAGUCCAGCAACGUUCCCGGUCUCUUCACCGGUUCCACCGGGGCUCAGGUCCUGAGCUCCGAGGAGCUGUCCACCAGCGGCCCUCAGGCCUGGCUCAAGAAGGACCAGUUCCUGCGAGCGGCGCCGGUGUCGGGGGGCGUCGGGGAGUUCCUGAUGAGGAAGAUGGGCUGGAGGACGGGCGAGGGCCUGGGCAGGAACCGCGAGGGCACGGUGGAGCCCAUCAUCAUAGACUUCAAGGUCGACCGGAAAGGUUUAGUGGCUGAAGGAGAAAAGCACCAGAAGCAGACGGGAGGACUGGUCGUAACCAAGGACCUGAUGGGGAAACACCCGGUCUCUGCUCUCAUCGAGUUGUGUAACAAGAGGCGGAUAAUGCAGCCAGACUUCGUCAUGGUUCAUCACAGCGGCCCGGACCACCGCAAGAACUUCCUCUUCAAGGUGACGGUGGACGGAGUGGACUACCAGCCGCAGACGGCGAGCCCCAACAAGAAACACGCCAAGGCGAUGGCGGCGACGGUCGCCCUGCAGGCUCUGGGGGAGGUUCCUGCAGACGGACCCGGACUCUACAUGGGGCCCGUCUUCACCGCUGCGUCGACUGGCCCUCUCUUCUCAACAUGAGCAAUACAUACUGUAUCAUACUGGGACUUUCAAAUCCACCUUUUUUUACUGCAGACAACUUUAUUCAAACUCCACCACGAGCAUGAUCCCUUCUGUUUCACCAGAACUGAGCCAUUGUUAAAUUCUACCUGUUUUUUUUUUUUUUAUUUUAAUUGAGGGAGGAGGUGGGCAUGAACAACAGACUAGUCAAAAUGUACCCUAGCAUUAGAACUAUUUUAUUACCAAUUUUAAACCAAUAUGUUUGAUGGUCAUGAUUGUUAAAGCGUCUAAUAACCCUUGGUGAAGUAUGCAAGUAGUCUAUGUUCACACGUUAUGUAUAUAUGUAUAAUGUAUUUACUAGUUGGACUAAUAGAUAACGGAGUCUUAAUCCAGAUAGACUCUUUUUUUUUCUGUGUAAUUGUUGGUCAGAACUGAGUGAAGAGCGAUAGUUGUAAAUGAUUGUGCUUAUUUUGAUUCACUUCUCUAUUGUUCUUGGAAGUACCGUUGUGGUUUAAUUUCUAACAAUGUUUCUUCUUGAAAGGCUGUAAAAUUCUCAGUAGAGCCUUAUGCAAAGGAAAAUAAAGAUUAUUUUGCCCUGAAAGGCUAAAUAAAUUUAAUGUA